AUGUCAUCAGGAUCCGCGAGCAGCGGGCGCCCCCACAGGAGAGUUUCCCACGCCCGGAAGCGCAUCGUCACCUCCAAUGAAGCCUACCUCUACGCCUUGAGAGUAGCGUAUCUCUCAUACCUCCUCCAGCCCCGAGCGAAGCGGUUGCAGCAUGUGCCUGCCCCUCACAAAGCCGCCAUCCAGCGCUCCUCCACGUCCGUUAGUGACAUGGUGAAAGACUUCUCGCUCAUUCGAGAUUCGAAAAGCACCAAGCUUCCCACUGGGUUCAUGGCUGAGCUGGACAAGAGGAUAAGGGGAGUACUGUUUGGGACGGAGAAGAUGCCGGAAUACAAGGACCAGCUAGUCGUGAACACGUUUGCCGCGUUUCUCAAUGAGUUCAUGGCCCCCCAUUAUCGAAAGACGAUGGAGAAGGAUCGAAAAGUGGAAGACCUCUUGCUCAUCUUCUUCGCACAGGCGACCAAGGAACUGCGGAAGGGCAAGCCGCCGGACGACGAUGGCUGGAAGCUGAUGGCUGACCGGCAUUUGGCCUUGUUCGUCCGAUUGAUCAGCGACACACUUAGGAAGCACGGGUGGGCACAGGACAGGCCAGAACUCAGCAGUCGGCUACAAACAAUGGAAAAGAAGCUACUGGUCCAUGACCAGGACCUGGCUGCUGAGACACAACGUAACGGCGGUAGCGGUGGGACUACUGUCGAGGUAGAGGUUCCCCGAAGCUACGAGGUUAGAGACAUGCCGCUGGUCCAGGUCGUGCAGCGCAUCUGGGGCUACCCAUACGCACACGUGCAGUCGGACAUUGCGGCAUACAAGGACGUCUGGACCGAGCAAGCUGCGUUAAAAGACCUCAAAGCGUACCAGGCUAACCUCGGACUUCACACCACGAAGACGCUGGGCCCUGAAGAUUUCGACACCAAAGAGGCAUACCAAGCUUGGAAGAGAGCUGAGGUCCCAGACCUGACACAAAUGAUGCUGGCCAUCAUUCAGUCAAAUCCAGAGCUUGCCAAGACUACUUCAGGGAAUGGUUUACCACAGUAUAACCCAGCAAGUGGAUCAACCUCAGAUUCAGAAACCUUAAGGAAUAUGUCAGAGCAUUCAGAGAACGGGUCAUCUUAUGUCAUCGACCAGCCUGUUGACAUGAGCGGCCUCACAUUGAACAACUCAACGAACGGGAACGAGAGUACGGCAUCAUAUACCUUCAUUCCGCCCGAGCCAAGGUCAUACUACCGCGCAGUUCUGAGGGAAGCUCUUACUCACGAUCUUCAAGAUAGCGAGAUACAGCCUACAGAAGCCACAUCAGACACGCCAUCCAUCAAGCUCCUUUCGAAACAGUCCGCAGAGCUGCUUAAUGAGAUCGCAGUCAGAUGGCGAAUACCGUAUUCCACUCGGAUGGUGCUCUUCCUGGAUGUCAUUAAAGAGAAGUAUCAACAGCAAGAUAUUCCGCUCGACACAGUUGAUGCAGCUUUCGAGUACAUCAAGGCACCGCCUCCAGUAGACAAAAAGUCGAGUCGCAUAAGCAUGGCAGUGCAAGAGCCCCUCUCGGACUGGAAGAAGUGGACCAUCAGCGAUUACGCCACUUACCAGCAGGCUCUUUCCGGCCUGCAUGACGCAUUAUUACGAGACCUUUACGAGCUUCUCUUACUUUCUUAUGACGCCAAGGGCCCGCCACUCGGACCUGUAAUGUAUAUUCUGACAACCCAUAUUUACGACGAUCCCCUUUUUUCCAAAACACUUGAAGACCUCGAUCAGUUCUCUGAUCAACUUCGUGACGCUCUGCGGCAACGAGCGGCUGAAGUCUACCACGACCUGCUAGCGAAGCAGCUACCGGAUAACAAAGAGCAGUGGGAGUUUUUUCAUGUAAUAGAACUUGGCAAAGCCGUCGCCAAGCUGUGUGAGAAGAUUCAGAAGCGGUUCCGCAAGACGCCGGAGAUCAUGGGCGUGAACCCUCUAUCGGUACUAAUUGCAGAAGUUUUACCGGCUUAUGCAGCCGAUGCAAGAGAUCUGGUCGCACGGAUCAUGGACAUGGCGCAAGCGCGUGGCGAGGAGAUCCCAAUACAAGAUGGCUUUGAUCUCUACGCCGAGAUGGUUGACAUCCGACGCGUCCAUGCGGAUGCCCUACCCGGCGAGCCAUUUGCAUUCCACAUCGAGAGCUUGCUACAGGACUUCGUGUGGCGGUGGAUAGAAGCAACGGACGCCAGCGUUGCCAGCUGGGUUGAGAAUGCAGUCAAGCAAGACCAGUUCACCGUCCGCACAAGCCACCCAGGCCAGAUACCCACCGAUGACGAGCGGCACAGCGUCUCGGUUAUGGACAUUUUCCAAUCCUUCAACCAGAGUAUUGAGCAGAUCGUCCAGCUGAACUGGGACGAUGACCUGCAAUACGCGAAGUUCAUGACGGCCUUAUCAAAGUCGAUUGGUAUCGGUCUAGCCAGGUACUGUGAGCUUAUCGAGACGAAAUUCGCCAAAGAGAUGGACCGCAUGACGCCGGAGCAGGAAGCAGCUGCGCAACAAACGCGGACGGAGAAGUAUAUGCAGCUUGCAAAAGACGCGUGGACUAACAAGGAGAAGAUCGAGCCGUUCCAGUUCUUACCAGAGUCCCUUGUGAAGCUCAACAAUAUCGAGUACGCGAUGCUCCAGCUGGACAAGCUAGAGCGCGAUGUCAACGUUGAUGCAUGUGCCGAAGUCGUUCAGCGGCACGCGCCGCCCGCAGCGCAACGGCAGCGGAAAGCCGAUUCCUACGUCUUCACGAUCAAGAUCAUUGAAGCAGAAGACCUUAAAGCGUGCGACAUGAACGGGCUUAGCGAUCCAUAUGUGGUGCUCGGCGACGAGUACCAGAAGCGGCUGGCGAAAACGCGAGUCAUCUAUGGAAGCCUCAACCCGCGUUGGGACGAGACCGUCGAUAUUACGACACAAGGACCGCUCAAUAUCAUCGCUACGAUUUGGGACUGGGACGCACUUGGUGACCACGACUGCGUCGGUCGUACAUCGCUGAAGCUAGACCCUUCGCAUUUCAGGGACUUCAUGCCGCGAGAGUACUGGCUAGACCUCGACACUCAAGGCAGGCUUCUGUUACGGGUUAGCAUGGAAGGCGAACGAGAUGACAUCCAGUUCUACUUCGGCAAAGCGUUCAGGACACUGAAGAGGACGGAGCGGGACAUGACGAGAAAGAUCACAGACAAGCUAUCCUCCUACAUCCACCACUGCCUCUCCCGCCGCGCCCUCCGCAGCCUCCUCUCCCGCGGCAUAACCAUCUCCGCCGUAUCCUCCUACUUCCAGCGCACGCGCCCGCAGUCCGUCGCCCAAGGCCCAACCCAAGCCGAUAUCACCAACGCCCUCAAACCCCUCUUCACCUACUUCAACGACAACUUCGCCAUCAUGAAGCAAACGCUGACCGACAGCGCCAUGGUGAUGGUAAUGACGCGCCUGUGGAAAGAAGUCCUCGUAACCAUCGAAUCUUUGCUCGUGCCGCCGCUCUCCGACAAACUGUCCCAACAACGGCCCCUGACCAUGCAGGAGCUCGACAUCGUCUUCAAGUGGCUGCAGCUGCUGUUUGACUUCUUCCACGCUGUCGAUGAGGACACCGGGAUCAGCAACGGCGUCCCCCUCGACAUCCUCAAGAGCCCAAAAUACCACGAGCUCCAGAACCUCAACUUCUUCUACUUCGAGUCCACCGAGAACCUGAUUCGCACAUCCGAGUCCAUGGCCGCCGCCACCGCCGCGCGUCAAGCCGACGCCGCAGCCCGCGCAAACAGGCUCUCCGCCCCCGCCUCCCUGGGCCCCAGCCCCUCCAUCGGCUUCGGCGCCGUGGGCGCGGGCCCCCAGGGCCUCCUAGGCAUGCCGACGCGCCGUACCAAGACGAUCAUGCUGAGCAGGAAUCUGGGAACCAUGAAGAAGGCGAAGGAGGAGAAGAGGAAGGAGGCCCAGGCGGAGCCGAGCGAUGAUAUUAUCCUCAGGAUUCUGAGGAUGAGACCUGAGGCGGAGAGGUAUCUCAAGGAUCGGAGCAGGCAGAAGGAGAGGCUUGCGGCGGCCGCGGCGGCGGAGAUGAUUGUGAGGCAGAGUUUGGCGAGCGGGGUGGGGUUAAGGGCAGGGGGGAGGCGGUAG